AUGCGUAAUUUUGUCUACUAAACAUUAAACAAUGAAAGUAGUGUUUUUAUGGAACCAACUUACUUUUGUUGGUAUAAUUGUUCUAGAUUUUUUCCUCUAUAUGACAGAUGGAAGCAGUUUUUUUCCUCACUUGAGUUUAAACUUAACAAGUCUUUGCAAUGAUGAGGCAAUCUUUGAAGCAUUGCCCAAGUACAGCAUCAUAAACAGUUCAUGUACCAUAUUGUACAAUCACAAUAGAACUGUUUUAAAUGACUUGAACAAUGGCAAAGUGACUUAUAGAUUUAAUGCCAGCAGUAACAUUUUUAGAAUUCCAUUAAAUGGGGAACAUGUGUUAUACAAUGUUGAAUUAAAAUGUAUGAAAAAUGCUGGAAGUACAAUGCAAUAUUCCAAUUCUGUAGAUAAAAUUACAGCUGCAUGCCACAGAGAUCAAGAAGUUAUCACUACCACUGAAUCAGAGGUGAUCUAUAAAGAACAUGCCAUUUUCUCUUCCUCUGUUCAGGACAUUGUACUUGGGAUUGUGUUCAGUGUGCUGGCUCUACUGAUUGUGUUUGUGACAGUAUAUUAUCAGUACAGAAGGUAUCGUAGACAACGCAGAAUGCAGCAAUAUCUCAGUACCCCACACACAGAUCCAUUUGAACGACUACAGGAUCAUAUGGAGGAAUAACUGGUCCAUAAUUGUUCACCACCAUUUUUAUCAAGGAGUGACACCACCAUAUCUAUCAAGUAGUAACACAGGUUUCCAUCAAGCAGUGACACCACCAUUUCUGUCAAGGAAUGAUCUAUAUGCAGUCCCAGUUUCUAUGCUCCCACAAUAAAAGGGCCGGGCAUAUAGUGUUAUCCCUUUCCAUCCGUCAUUCAUUCAUAGUUAGUUUUCCAUACUUUUUUAUGCCCCCGUAUCGAAGAUUCGGGGGUAUAUAGUUUUUGCCCUGUCCGUGUGUCUUCUGUCUGUCUGUUUGUCCGCAAAAACUCUAACAUUGCCCAUAACUUUUGAUUGAUUGGAGCUAUGGCUUUCAUAUUUCACAUGUGUAUUCCUCGUGACAAGAUCUUUCUUUGGGUACCACCAUACAUGACCUUUUGACCUUGAUCUUGAAGUUUGACCCAGUUUUGCAAAAUUUUAUCCAACUUUAACCUUGGCCAUAACUUUUGAACAAUUGGUGCUAAGGCUUUCAUACUUCACAUGUGUAAUCCUUGUGACAAGUCCUUCCUUUGGAUACCAACAACUUUGACCCUUUGACCUUGGAGUUUGACCUACUUUUGAAAAACUUUAACAUUGGCCAUAACUUUUGAACGAUUGGUACUUAAGCUUUCAUACUUCAAAUAUGUAGUCCUUGUGAUAGGACCUUUCUUUGAAUACCAACAACUUUGUGACCCUUUGACCUUGACCUUGGAGUUUGACCUACUUUUGAAAAACUUAAACCUUGGUCAUAACUUUUGAACGAUUGGUGCUUCAGUUUUCGUAUUUCACCUGUGUAUUUCUUGUGAAAAGGCCUUUCCUAAGACACCAUUAAUUUUGACCAUUUGACCUUGACCUUGAUGUUUGACUUACUUUUGAAAAACUUAAACCUUUUCUAUAUCUAUUCAAUGGUUGCUACUAGGGCUUUCAUAUUUCACAGGUAUAUUCCUAGAGACAAGACCAUACUUUGGGUACCAACAUAUUUGAUUUGCAUUUGAGAAAGUUUAACCUUUGCUCUAAGUUGCCAUACGGGGCAUCAGUGUUUCACAAACACAUCUUGUUUGCUAUGCUUAUAGAUAAUGAGCUGAUUUUUGGUAUGUCUCUUGAUAUUAAUGACUCAGAGAUCAAGGGUGUUUCAUAUUGGUAGACCCAUUUUUAUGCCCCCAUAUUGAAGAUUCGGGGGUAUAUAGUUUUUGCCCUGUCCGUCCGUCUGUCUAUCUGUUUGUCCACAAAAACUUUAACCUUGCCCAUAACUUUUCAUUGGUUGAAGCUAUGGCUUUCAUAUUUCACAUGUGUAUUUCUUGUGACAAAACCUUUCUUUGGGUACCAUCAUAUUUGACCUUUUGACCUUGACCUUGGAAUUUGACCCAGUUUUGCAAAAUUUUACCAAACUUUAACCUUGGCCAUAACUUUUAAACAAUUGGUGCUAGGGCUUUCAUACUUCACAGGUGUAAUCCUUGUGAUAAGACCUUUCUUGGAUACCAACAAUUUUGACGUUUUGACCUUGACCUUGGAGUUUGACCUACUUUUGAAAAAACUUUAACCUUGGCCAUAACUUUUGAACAGUUGGUGCUAGGGCUUUCAUACUUCACAUAUGUAAUCCUUGUGACAAGAACUUUUUUUGGAUACCAUUAACUUUGACCUUGACCUUGGAGUUUGACCUUCUUUUGGAAAACUUUAACCUUGGUCAUAACUUUUGAACUAUUGGGGCUUCGGCUUUCAUAUUUCACCUGUGUAUUUCUUGGGAGAAGGCUUUUCCUUGGGCACCAUUAAUUUAGACCAUUUGACCUUGACCUUGAUGUUUGACAUACUUUUGAAAAAACUUUAACCUUUUUCAUAUCUCUUCAAUGGUUGCUGCUAGGGCUUUCAUGUUUCACAGGUUUAUUCCUCAAGACAAGACCUUACUUUGGGUACCAACAUAUUUGAUUUGCAUUUGAGAAAGUUUAACCUUUGCUAUAAGUUGCCAUACGGGGGCUUCAGUGUUUCACAAACACAUCUUGUUACAGAUGUUAUGGCCCUUAGACUAUGAACAUUUAUAAUGAUUUUGUUCUUUCUGGACUUUUAUUUGCUGUGCUUGUAAAUAAUGAGCUAAUCUUUGGUUUUUCUCUUUAUGUUGAUGACUUAAGAUCAAAAAAGAGUUUCUUAUUGAUUGACAAAUUUUCUUGAAAGUUAUGGACUGGUCCUUAAAUUUGAAAAUGUCUAAUUAUUCACUGUUUUUGAGAUGUUUUAUUGAUUUGCUUGUUAGUGAUAUUUUAUUUUUGUGCCAUUUCCAGCCAUUGUUAUUUUCACACUCUUCAUUGUACUUUCACAUAUUUAAAACUUGCAAGUUAGUGGGGGGCAUUCUUGUCACACAGACACAUGUAGUUUUUUUUAUUAUAUCCACCAAAGUGUGCUUGCAUGAUGAAACACAUGUAGAGUCAUGCUUUGUUAAAAUGUUUAUUGUUAAUAUGUACUUUCCAUAGUCUUUCAUACACAAAAUUAUAAUAUGCUUCUGUUAUUUAUGCCCUUUUUGACAUUUGUAUUAUUUUUGUGUGAAGUUUCUCUCUGUUGAUUAAAUUUAACAUAAUCUAGGACAAAAAUUGCAAUUUUAUCUGGAAUUUUUUUUUAUCGUUUUUGAAUAGACAUACUUUGCAGGUAGAAGGGGAAAGGGAGAUGUUAUCCUCAGCCAUGUUAAAAGCAAAUUCUGCAAAUAGAAGACCUUUCUAUGAAAUUAUAAAUUUGUAGACUCGUGUGAAAACAUUUAUAAACUAAAUGGACUAUCUUUUUCAAAACAGAAGGUGGCCAAAAUUAAAUAUUUCAAUCAUUUCAACAAAGUUAAGUUGAAUUAUGGCCUUAUUAAGUGAUAUGUGAUGUUUGAUUGAAAUGUACAUUUAUUGGCAUUAUUAAGUGAGUCUGUAGAUAAUUUGAUGUUUGAUUUAUAUGUACAUUUAUUUAAUUUCUUAUAGAAAUAUGUCAUGGAACAUGGUAAAUUAUUUAAUAUUGUGUUCAUGGGUGAUUUUUAACUCAUAAAGGUUCACUACAACAAUUUUGAAAGAUUUCAAUUUACAAUUGAACAAUCACUUAGAUUCACUAGGCUAAUGGAGAAGCUGUGUUUUAUCUAUUAUAAUUAUGGUUGUUUGAUGUGAGCAGUAGGUACUAGUGUACACUGACCUGUAACUUCUAUGCUAUUCUAACUGAUGCUUAUUGGCUGUUAUAGGAUAAGUGUUGACUGUAGAAUGAAUAGAAAUCAGGAAAUAUCUUUGUUUUAUACUGCUUGUCAUUCUUCUGAUGUAGCAUAAUAUACAAUGUAUUUCAUUAAUUAACAAAUUAAUGUGUAAAUGUUUGCCAAGUUUUAAUAAUUUUUUUGUGCCACAUAAUAAUCCCACUCUACAUACUAGAAUUUCAUCCAGUUUCUUAGUUAUAUGACAGUAGAUUUUUCACAUUGGCAACAUGCUUGAUUCUGCCCAACACUGUUGGCCAUUGUUAACAAUUUUCUAUUUAUCUAAAAUGAUUGAAUAAAUUCACAUAAAGAAAAAAUAGCUUGAUAAAUGUUGCAUAGAUUAGAGUCCAUACCUGUUUCAAGUUAUUCAUUUAGAAAAUGUGCCAGGGUUGGGGGAUGAGCUUUGAGCUUUUGUCUUUUAAGUGCAUUGCAGAAAUCCAAGAUUAUGCUUUGUUCCUCUCUCUAUCACAAGUUCCUCUCUCUAUCACAAGUUCCUCUCUCUAUCACAAGACGGAGAGUAAGGAAUGAAGUGUAAAUCAAUGAUGAUUAAUUGGUAUAAAUCUAAAAUAUGUCUGAAGCUUUCAUGAAAACAAUGAUAUUUUUGAAUGUUUUUUAAGACAUUCUUUGUCUUGAGAAUUGUCCCCCCAAUUACUUUGGUCAUAUAUUUAUGUAAUUUUUCAAAAUACAUUCCAAUUUUUACACUUGUAUAAUGUAUACUGUUACUAUGACAUAUUAACCCCCCCUCCCCCCCCCCUAAAAAAAAAGGGGUAAGAAAGGCCGAGUGAUUUUUUGUGUGUGUGCAAUAAUAUGUGAUUAGUCAUUACAAAAAUAACGUAACUCAACUUUUAGUGUAAAAACUCUACCAAUUUCAAUACAUACACAUUUCUUUCGUAGCACUUUAGUUUCAUUAUUGAAUAAUUUUCAUGCUAGCGGUCUUAAUUUUACUUAUUGCUGUUGUCAGAUAUUUGUGUAAUUUAUACCAAGUGGUUCCUGUUAAUGGUAGCUUGUAUUAUUGAGGCCAGUUUGCAAUUAAAUGUUAUAGUACAUGUAUCUAGUGAGCUGUACAGAUUAAGGUUAUGCAGCAUAGAGAAGAGGGCAUAUUUUUGAAUUGCAAUCAAAAAUUCUGUUAUGGCAUUGUAACAAAAGAAAAAUUAUUUUGGAGUUAUUAGCCCUGAAAUUUGAUGAUUUUUGCAGUAUCAGCAUAAACUUUUUCAAAAAUUAUCUCCAAAAAAACUAUUUACUGAUUUUUCUGAGGAUAUCAAGUAUUUAUGUGGGACAAGUCCUUGACAAAUAAACUUUUUAUUGAAAUGAAAAACAAUA